AAUUUGGAAAACAAGUAAAGUGAAAGCCUCGGAUAAUGGGGGACGCUUUUUUUUUCAGCAAGACAUCAAUAUAAUUAAAACUUACGUAAAGUUUAAUUAUAUAUUGGUGUUUUGAAUAUGUCUGAUUUUCGAGGAAGGAAAAAGGGAAAGUGGGGGAAAAAGGAAAAUGAAUAUCCUUCUUCUGCAACCAUGUCAGUAAGUUAUGACAAUGCUUCUUCUGGCCAACGUGCAUCUACUUUCUCACCUAGUCCCUCUACUUCCAAAUCUACUCCGCAUAACGACACGGCAAACACACAAGUUACCUCUGGUAUACAUUCACAGAAGUUUGGGAGUAAGCUCAGUAAGAAACCGAAGAAUGGUCCAUCAAUAGAUCCUGAAAUGUCGUGUAAAUACUUCUCGAAAGGAAGGAAACGAAAAUUUCCUCCAAACAAAAAGCAUUGGAAAUCCUAUUUUAACAACAAACCGAAAGACGACUACACCGAAAGGAAUCACACAGAUGAAGUUCCUUCGACAUCUUACGGCUCGGCCUCAAAAUCAAAUGACCAUAAAGAACUUGAACUUGCAGGAUAUUACUAUGAUACAGAACAGGAGAAAUAUUUCAAGAUUCUUCCUGGACACAGUAGUCUAAAUGUUUUUACUAAGGCAAAAAUUAUUGCAAAAGAGACUGAGGAAAAACGUCAGAAAGAUUUGAUCAAAAUGCGAGAUAGCCCUUGCUCUUUACCUAAAGUUUCCCACUUCAAGAACAAUAUUACUCUGUGGCUGGAACAAAUGAAAGUAGGAUCUAUAAACAACACACAAAUGGGUAUUUUCCAGCUAAGAAAAAAUAUUGCUGGCUUGAAACCUUUCUGGCAUGAGAAAGUAUUUCCUAGUGAAUUUGGUCCUUACGAACAGUUAAAACAUUGUUUGCAGCUUUUAGUGAGCCCUUUAUGUGAUGAUAUUGUUGGCUCUUGGACAGUGCAAAAGUUCCUUAAACAACGUCUACAACUAAUUCACAUUAAAAGACGAACACCAACUAAAGAUAACAACACAAUUCCUAUUGAGAUUGACCCCUUUGGAACCUCAAUAUUGCAUUCUUGGGGACAAGUGAGCAGCAGUUGUUGGGCCCCAUUUUCAGACAAUCCAGACGAGCGUUGGGUUCUUUACACAACAAGUAGUGCAUUUGGCCUUUUGGACAAUUUUGCAUUAAUACGAAAUUUCAAGCCGCGUUAUGGAGAAAAUUUUUAUAUUGCUGAUUACAAUUUGGGCAAAACGUUUUCUUGGACAUGUGCCUGGAAUCAAAAUACAAAGCAGUUCAGUGUUGGAGCCGAGAAAACAGCCUAUCUCCUGGAUGUGGAAACCAAAAAGAAAUGGGAAUUAAACUCACGUAUGAGUGACGUCUUAUCUCAAGUAUUUGCUCAGCAGACCGAUUCAACCCUGGUUCAUGGAACUCGUCAAGGUGACAUUUUGGUUCAUGACCUCAGAAUUCAGUCUUCCAAGCAUGCUGCUGUGAUGGAGCAACAUAAUCCUGUAUGUUCUCUGAACUCCUUACAGAACGGUUAUCAUGUGAUAGCUGCUGAUUUCAAAGGACAAAUAAAAUUAUGGGAUUUCCGCAAGAAACGUACCCUACACGAGUACACUGGCCAUGUCAAUAAACACUGUCAUCUUCCUGUGCAUAUUGAUCACUCAGAACGUUUCUUAUAUGCAGUGGGCCAAGACUGUUACUCAAGGUUCUGGGAUAUGAAGACUGGUAUCUUAUUAAAAAGCAUACCACCACCUCAUCCAUGUUCUCUGGACUUUAUUCCUGCCAUCCAUUAUUCAGACCAUUGGGCUGGUCUCCAUGGUAAUUCUGCUAUGCUGAUGGCAAUAAAAGAUGAAUUUCACUUAUAUGCAUGUGAUAUAUCAGAGUGAUCUAUAUAUUUUUUUAUCAAUUCAUUUAAGACACGGAAAGAGAAAAGAAACCACGGAUACUUAUGGAAAUAAAUAUUGCAUUUUG